AUGGUAGAGUUUGCCAUUAACAACUCGGUGCAUGCGUCCACGACCCAUACACCGUUUUACGUGAAUGGCUUGCGCCAUCCGCGUGUACCCACCUUACUCGAGUGUAACUCUGGUUUAAGGGGGGGGACUCGCGCGAGCAAAAACCGAUUUGGUUCACGCUUAUCACGCUCUGACGAAGAGGUCAUUGCGUUUGAUGCCGAUAUCGAUAACAUCGAUAUCGAAGAAGAUGAUGCCAGUGAGAGUGUGGAAGCCCUCACUGAAGAAGAUAAUCCCAGUGAGAGUGCGGAAGCCCUCACUUAA